AUGUAAUAAUCAAUUAGUAAUCAAGUUUUUAAGAACUUAGAUAUUUUUGGUUAAAAUGUACAAUUGAACUUUAAUGGAGAGAAUCAAUACCAAACAGCAGUUGGUGGAUUAUUCUCUAUUGCAAUAAUUGCAGUUAUUGCAUUAUUCUUUUAACAGAAUAUAGUAAAUUUUCUAAAUCGGAAUGAAAUAAAUCUCAACAUAUAGACAAUAUUUGAUUCUAAUCCAGAUAGUGUCUAAUUAAAUGACGAUAAUUACAUGUUUGCAUUGGCUAUAGAGUAAGCUUAAUUUAACACAGUUCCUUUCUUUAAUAUCACCCUUAAAUAACGUAUAUAUACACGAUUUGCUAAUGGUACUUUACAUAAGAAUGAUACUUUCAUUGAUCUUAUCCCAUGCACUCAAGAUCGCUUCUAAAAGAUUUUUAAUAAUCAGAAUUUCAGUUCUUAGUUUGCUUCACUUAAUUUAUAGGAAUGGUUAUGUCCUUAACAUAAUUAUUCUAUUCAAUUGAGUGGAGGUUAUACAAGUGAUAUUUUUCAAUUUGUAAAAAUAACUGUUAGUGAAUGUUCUAACGAUACAACUACUAAUUCAUUUUUAUCAUGGAAACCUCGAUGUGCUAGUACUCAAGCAAGAGACCGUUUUCUUUAAUCUGAACGGUCUUUUAGAAUUAAAAUGUACUACUUUAUAUUGAUUAUUUAUUUAGGUAUAUGACUAAUAAUGUUCUUAAUCCUUUAUAAGUUUAGAAUAUUUCCUAAGUCUUUUUAGAUGAUGAAUCCUUCUUUUCAUUUCUCCUAUCUACUGGAACUGAAACAGAUGUUUUCUAUUAAAAAUACAAUGUCACAACUCAUGAUAAUAUAUUUCCUUAUCCAAAACAAUAAAUCUAAAAUGUUUAUAAUGUUAAAAAAGCAGGAGAUUAUAAAACUAGUACUGUUCAAAAUAAUCCAUAAUAAUAUGCAGCCAUUUAUAUGAGAAGAAGUCCUUAUACUUAUGUUAUUAAACGAGAUUUCUAAGAUAUUGCAGAUUUACUUUCCUAUCUUGGAGGAUUUGCCAAUAUUGUUGCACUUAUUUUCGGAAUCAUGAUCAAAUCUUAUAAUAAAUCUAGAUGUAUUAACUGUCCACAUUUAUUUAGUUAUGAUUGAAUUAGCUAAUCAAAUAUAUGAUUUCCCUAUUAAGAAUGAUAACCCAGCAGAAACUCAACAAAGAAAAGAAAUCAAAAAAACUAUCGCCAGAGCUAAAAGUAGAACCAUUAUUAUCAAACAUUAAGAAUAAGAAUAAGUCUUAUAAUCUCCAUUACAAUCUCCUAAAUUUACAUAAAACUAAUAAUUGUUAUUAAAUGAUACAACAAAACAAGAAUAAUAAUAUACAUCUAAAUAAGAUGAUAUUUAUUAAGCCAAAUCAGAAUUGUAUAUUACCAAUCGUCAAGAAGAAUAACGGCUUUUCUAAUAAGAAUAAGAAAAAAUUAUAUAAUAACUUGGAAUUAGUGAUCGUAAAAGUUACUUAACUUAAUAAGUCUAAAAAAUAUUAAAUAGAAGUAAACCCAUCCUAUUUAAUUAUAAAUAUAUUCUCUCUAAGAUCUUUUGUGCCAAAUUCUUUUAUGAUCGUAAUAGUAUUCUACUAUAAAAAGCAAUGUAAGAAAUUACACUACUGUAAUUUUAGAAAAAAAAUUAACAAAGAUUUAGAUCUAUGUGUUAUUAUUGACAAAGUCAAAGAAAUUAAUCUACUCAAAGAACUAUUAUUAACUCACGAUUAAUUGGUUUUGUUUGAUUUUGCUCCAAAAUAGGCAAUAAAUCUCUAAGAAGAAGAAUAAAAAAUGACUAGAAGUUUAGUAAAAAGAACAUUAGAUGGUAUGAGAUCAAAUUCUACUUCUGUUGAUAGCUUACAAUAAAAUGAAUCAAUUAAUGCUUAUUACAAAUUAUUUUAGGUAUUCGUAUCUUUAUACAUAUUUGUAGGCUUAUGAUCAUAUCCAUUAAUCUUUAUAAUAGAAUAAUAAAAUUAAUGAAAAAUUGAUUGAAAAAUUAGGACAAGAAGUCAAAGAUAUCUUUGAGGUUUCUCAUUUCAUUUAAUUCGAUAAAAAUUAGAUUAAAAGUUAAAAAGAUGAUGAUAUACAAUUUGAUUCAGUUAAUUCAGAUCCUCUUAGUAUUAAUAACAUUGAAUAAAUACGAGUUAAUUUGAAAAUAAAAAUAUGA